CAAUGAGAGGGAAUUUGAAAGAAGAGGGGGAAUCACAAAAACAAAGCGAAAACGUGAAAGCUUGCUUCUUGAAGGCGCACUCUUCGAAAGUUUUUAAUUAUUUAAGACAGAGAAAUGGAUUCCAAGACGAAGUACACGAUGGAGCUGGAGGACGACGACCUGUACGACCUGAGCGACGUGGAUGAUCUAUUCAAGGUGAAGCAGAUCGCGGGGUGGUACAACAAGGAUCGGCACGGAAAUUACUGCAAGGACGAGCAGUACGCCAAGUACCUGUACCUGCCAAGGAAUAUGAAGCAAGUCAGCUUUGAUCUCAAUCAAAAACACGAGGAGGACGUUUACAAGCCGCAAAUUGAGAUGAAGGAGUCCAUCGAUUCCAUUCUCAAAUGGGUGGUUGAAAAUUCUAAAGACUCUGAAGGCAAGCCUAAAAGCCCUGACGCAGAUUUCGUCUGCUACCGCGGGAUCUUGUACCAGCUCAUGUGCGUGCCGUACCAGAAUAAAGACAGUCUCAGGGUCUGUGCGAUAAAAGCCAAGGGGACAACGUAUUUGUGCCAAUUUUUCACGGAGGAAAACAGAAAGGACAGACAGGCGCAGGCAGAGAACCCCGACAUGGCCAAGUUUACCAAGUGGGGGCACAAGUUUGAGCACUACAUGGUUUCAGACGAGCCUGGGAAGCCACCAGACGCAACGCAGCCCAUGUCCCAGUACGAGGAGCUCAACAUUGUGUACCAGUCCAUGCUCGGACCGAACACUCUCAUUUACGCCGCCGAAAUUGACGGUCUGACCAAAAAGGAAGACCUGCAGGACCUUUACCAGGCGAAACUAAUUGAGCUGAAAACCUGCCACCAGAAUGCCAACAACUACUCGUUUUGCAGGCACAAGCUGAUUAAGUGGUGGACGCAAAGCAUGCUGGCGAAAAUCGACUCGAUCGUGGUCGGAUACAGAAACGACGAGGGAAUGGUGAAGCGUUUGGAGCAAAUGGCAGUGGCAAACAUCCCUAAAAUGGCAAAGGGAUGGAGCGCUCCCAGGUGUGUGGUGUUUUUGAGAGACUUCCUGAGCUUUGUCAAACACGUGAUGAAAGACGCGACAGAAAGUGACGUUUUUGAGUUUGUUUGGUACCCCGGUGAAUCGAGCUACUCAGCCAGGAAACUGCCGCCAGGCAACAAUUGCAACUUCUUGCCUGACUGGUUUCAAAGCUGGCUUGACACUGUGCCCUAAAUUUGAUUUUAUUUUUGACGAAUAUGUUACUGUGGAAGUUGUUGUUUUUUUAACUGCAAUGUCUAGGGCAGUGCUGCCCUGCAGACCACAUAAUAAAGAUCAAUUUGAAAUCAAUAUUAAGCACG